CCCCCUCCUCACUCAGCCCGGCCCGGCCUCUCCACCGCCCCGCUCCCCGCUCCCCGCUCCGCCCACCCCCGCCACCACCACCUGCUCAUCCGCCCGCCAUGGAUCCCUGCUCCGGGACCCGUGCCGCCGCCGACGGGCCUCUGCCGCGCCCGCCGCCGUCGUGCUUUCCCCUCGCCGCCUGCCGCAGCCUCCUCGCCAAGCGCCUAUAGCGAGCGACCGCGUCCACCGAGCUUGGAGCCCAGCAGCCAGCAAGCCCGCAGCUCGACCGGCGUCCUUCUUCGGAGCUCGAUCGGCGAUCGAUUAACAAGUACAGCAGCAGCAGCAGCAAUGGCGGGAGCUGGUUUCUAGUGACGCGCGGCGCCAUGGAUCCCCAGCCGUUCGUGCGACUCUCUGUCGGCCAGCUCGGCCUCAAGCUCCCCGCCGGCGGAAACGCUGGCAAGGCGGCGUCCCGGCUCUGCGACUGCGAGAUCCGCCUCGGCGGGUUCCCGGUGCAGACGGCUCAGGUUCCGCUGAUCCACUCGCCGGAGUUCAACCUCGACCCCUUCACCAACGCGGCGGUCUUCUCCCUCGACGAGUCCGACCUCAAGGCGCUGGCGGCGCCGGGGUGCUUCCGGGCCCCGCGGCCGUGCCUCGAGGUCGCCGUGUACCUGGCCCGCUUCGGCGCGCGCUGCGGCGUCGCCUGGCGGAAGCGGCUCGUCGGCGUGUUCAGGGUGGAGCUCGCGUCGUCGUCGCCGGAGUGGCGGGAGGGGAAGCCCGUGCUGCUGCACCAUGGCUGGGCCGGCAUCGGCAAGGGCGGCGAGGCCAGGCCGGAGCUCCACCUCCGGGUGAAGAUGGAGGCGGACCCCCGGUACAUCUUCCAGUUCGACGACGAGAUCGCGCUCAGCCCCCAGGUCGUCCAGCUCCAGGGCAGCAUCCGGCAGCCCAUCUUCAGCUGCAAGUUCAUCCGCGACCGGCGGCCGUCUCAGGGUGACCCGCUGGGCGGGCAGUACUGGUCGAGCUCCGGCAGCGAGGACAAGGACAUGGAGGUGGUGAGGAGGGAGAGGAAGGGUUGGAAGGUGGUGAUCCACGACCUGUCCGGCUCGGCCGUCGCGGCGGCUUUCAUGGCCACGCCGUUCGUGCCGGCGCCGGGCGGCGACACGGUGGCGCGGUCCAACCCGGGCGCGUGGCUCAUCGUGCGCGCCGGCGCCGCGGGGUCGUCGGAGAGCUGGCAGCCGUGGGGCCGGCUGGAGGCGUGGCGGGAGUCGGCGGCGGCGGCGGUGGCGGUGGCGAGCAGCAGGGACACGGUGCGGCUGCGGCUGCACCUGCUCCCGGACGGGCAGGACGACUGCGUGCUCGUGUCGGAGGCGCCGCUGAGCAGCGACAAGGGCGGCGAGUUCUGCAUCGACAUGGACCGGCAGGCGCCGGCGGCCGCCACGGCGGCGGACCACUGCGCGGCGAGCCUGGGCGCCGGCGGCGGGUUCGUGAUGAGCUGCAGGGUCGAGGGGGAGGCGAGGAGCAGCAGGCCUCUCGUGCAGCUCGCCAUGCGGCACGUCACGUGCAUGGAGGACGCCGCCAUGUUCGUCGCGCUCGCCGCCGCCGUCGACCUCAGCGUCAAGGCGUGCCGGCCAUUCCAGAGGAAGCCCAACAAGAAGGCCGGCUCGCCGGCGCCCGACCCUCUCGAGCUCGACAUUUAGAAGCACGGCUCUGGAACGCACUGCAAAUUCACUUACUUAGCAUCCAUCCAUGGCCAUGGAAUCCAUCAUCUAACUCUGUAAAUUCACUUAUUUUCACAGACUGAACAGCAUCUCUUGCAUCAAUCAGAACUCUGUCGUUUGAUCUUGAUUCAAAUGCCUCGUUCAAAUUUCCCGCA